ACUGUCUGCAGGUAAAUGAUGUGAGAGUGUUUGCAUAUUGAUCAGAUGCUUCAGUGCUCUGAGAGUGUUUAUAGUGCUGUGAGUUUAACACUUCAUCACUGACACACACAACAAUCUUCAUCAACAUGACCUUCAUCAUCAUCUUCAUCUGGACUCUCACAGCGUUUGCUCAAGAGUGUAGAGGACAGAUCAGCGUCACUCAGAGUCCCUCAACGACAGCAGCUCAACCAGGAGAAACAGUGAAGAUCAGCUGUAGAACCAGCAGAGAUGUGUUCAGAUAUAGUGGGUUUUAUGAUUGUUUAGCCUGGUACUUACAGAAACCUGGAGAAGCUCCUAAACUCCUGAUUUAUUAUACAAGCAGUCUCCAGUCAGGAACUCCAUCUAGAUUCAGUGGCAGUGGAUCUAACAGUGAUUUCACUCUGAGCAUCAGUGGAGUCCAGACUGAAGAUGCUGGACAUUAUUACUGUCAGAGUUUUAAUUGCAGAACAAAUUAUUAUGGUUGUAACACUUCAUCACUGACACACACAACAAUCUUCAUCAACAUGACCUUCAUCAUCAUCUUCAUCUGGACUCUCUCAUACUGCUUUAUACUACAAGGAUGUAAAGCUCAGAUCACAGUCACUCAGACUCCUUCAGCUAAACCUGUCACACCAGGAGAAAAUGUUAAGAUGAGCUGUAAGUUUAGUUCUGCUCCAUCCUAUGUGUCCUGGUACUUACAGAAACCUGGAGAAGCUCCUAAACUCCUGAUUUAUGCUGCAAACACUCUCCAGUCAGGAACUCCAUCUAGAUUCAGUGGCAGUGGAUCUAACAGUGAUUUCACUCUGACCAUCAGUGGAGUCCAGACUGAAGAUGCUGGACAUUAUUACUGUCAGAGUGCUCACGUCAUCAGUAGUAGCUGGCUGUUCACACAGUGA